AUUGUACGAAUUGCCGUUUCGUCUCCGUGCCCUUUAGUCUUAUCGCAUCAUUGUGCAACCAGGUUUUCCACUCCUGUUGUAAUGCGCCCGCAAUUGAGACACGCAAAAAUUACAUUGCGCUCGAUGACUCACCUGAAACGUAUAAUAGAAAUACAACCGUGCGUAUGCUGGAAUCCUGGAAGAAAAUGCUUUCAAGAACCAACCGCAUUCAAUGCCCUUUUGCUGGAGAUAUUUGGGAUGACUUAUCGGGUUUGAUCGAAGCAUCCGUCUUCAUCUGCGUACUCUUCAUCGCAGGUGUGAGUUUUCCCGGUACCAAAAACAGUGGACUUGAUCGCGCCCAGGAAAUAACGAUGCAACCAGAUUCGGCGAACUGGAGCCGGGCCAAACGUACUCUUAAUAGCAACUGGUGAUACACUUCAUCAACUGAUGGUAUACUGCUGGUAAUGGGUUUGAUGCAUGCAUAUCUUGUCAUUCAUACAUAGCGCCCGAGGCUGAGAAACCGUCGUCUAAGGAAAUUCUCGAGCGUCUGUAUGGAGUAUGUCUGCUUCUUGUACGGUACAGCUUUGUCGGCACUGGUUUUGAUUUACUACUUCCUUAAUUUGUUAGACAUAAGCAAGUCAUGCUACACAGUCAAACAACAUGUCGCGAAGUGUGGCAAAAUUUGCAGUCUGUUAGCUGUUGAACCUCAACGAUGGACAUUCUGUGGGUGGUUAGCAUUAUUAUGUUCUGUGAUCAGGUUUCAGCCGCAGACGAAUACGAUAAUCUCCAUGCGGAAUUCACACUGACACCCUUUCCCAUCUUUUCCGCUGAACCCAUGGCACAGGAUCAGUGCCGCUUGCAGUUCACUGAUAACUGCCGAUCGCGCGAUACCCUGGCCCGUAACUGUCCUGACAGUUCGAUGUUACACAUCAGCUGCAACAGCAACGUCACUUCCAACGAAAUCCAGCAAAUGGCGACAGCGUUUGCAAAGCCUCCACUAAGAGCCGUAUGGAGUACGCUCUAUGACGGGGAUCAGGUGGCGUUUCACAAUUUCGCGCCGGUUCGACUGCAGGUCGUUGGGUUCACUUUGUAUAACUGUACAUCCAUUCGCGCCACCGGCAAGCUGUCUUCACUGCGCCUGUCCAACCUGCUGGAUUUGAAUUUGGAGAACUGCUACAAUUUGAAAAUUCGCCGAGCGGAUUUUUCCCCGUCCCCGAAGGUUCGCUUUAUUAAUUUCGUCAACACGACCAUUCAGUCCCUGGAAACGUUCACCUUUACCGAUCUUCCCGCUCUGCGCUUGUUGUCACUGGAAAACGGGUUGGCGCAGAUGCAGACAUUCAGUUCAGAAAUUCGCGCAUACUUGAAAGAGCUGCAUUGCGGAGUGGCUUUUGAAUGGUUUCGGAAAUGGUGGGAAAAUAAGCACCUGAUGAAAAGCGCACGUUUUUCCGAAGUGUAUCAAAUUUAUCCGUUUCCGGUUGGCAACGAGCCCCUGAAUAAAAGCAAUAUUUACUUGCCCAUCGACUGCGCAGCAAAACCGUUUCCCGUUGGAGCGGGUUCCAUUGAUUUCAAGCAAGAACGAUUCUCCGUCAAUAAUGACCUUUAUGAAGAAAAAUGGCAAAAUGGGAAUUUUAGCCGCACCGAUGGGGACGACCGGUAUCCAGAAUUCUCUAUUGAACCCUUAUCCCCGGAAGAGUGUGCCACGCAGGAACUUAGUGACUGCCAACAACAUGACUGCGGGAAGGAUGCCCGUUUCCAGCGUUACGCAUAUGAAGUGAUCGAACUCUAUGAUCGUGGUUAUUGCAACGCUAGCAGUGGAGGUUUAGAGCGCAUCCAUCGUGCUGUAACUGCAAUGACCCGGCUACCGAUUCGCCCGGUUAUGGUCUACCUGGAGGACCGCUCUCCACUUGCGUUCAACGAUAUGGCGGAGAUUCGUAAACGGAUUGUCAGCUUUUGGUUAUACAACUGCGUCCAGGAGCGAGCCACACGAAAACUGCACGACUUGUACUGGACCAAUGUUUUGGAGUUUAUGACUGUCAACUGCUCUGAGCUGGUUAUUAUGAAAAACGAUUUUGAGAAUUCCAUGAAGCUGCGGCAGAUCUUCUUCUGGAAUACCACAAUUCGGACGUUAGAGGAAAACACAUUCACGAAUUUGCCGUCGCUCGUGGCACUUUCGCUCCAACACAAUCUGAAAAAUUUGAGAUCAUUCGAAGAUGAAUUGACUGAACCACGUCCGCCGGUUAUGUUCACUCAGCGCAUCCGCGACUACCUCUUUCGCCUGCACUGUAGUUGCGAGUUCGCAUGGUUUCGGCGAUGGUGGAGCAAUAAUACAGCCAGAUUUAUAGAAAUUGCAGACCAAGUGGACGGAGCAUAUCAGUUUUUCCAUGCUAUUAACAGCUGGUACACGUUCAAAAAAGACCAAAUCCCCAUUGACUGCGCAAAACCAAUUCCAAUGGGAGCCGAAUUUAUAACUGCUAAUCAAAGUGAAUUUUCCAUAAACGCUUUAGAAUGCUAACUUGUCGCUGAGUGCUUCUGUAGAGCUAAUUUUCGGUCCAAUGUUUAUGCCAUAGGCUUUAUUGUAUGUAUUGCCUGCGACGUUUCUAAUCAAGUCGCUAUUGUGGACGUUCGGAACUGCAGUUUGUUGUGCUGGGACCGUGUUUGCUCCGUAAAUGUUUCGGAAUUAAAAACACCUGGGAUUGAUACGACACUAUGUGCACUUUGGCUCUUUGAAUCGGUGUUUCGCAACAAAAAAAGAAUGCCCCGUCAAUGCUGGCUACCUGCGCUGGCUG